AUGCAAGUCGGACACGCCCCUGAAUGCAAAGAUCGACUUCAACUUUCUCCAUCGCUCUCGUCGCCUGGGAUCAAAAUGACUACUGAAGAGAAGCCAAAGGAUAGCAAGAAUCUAAUGGCAAUAUCGAUUGACACUCUGGAUUUCCUGCAGUGUGAAAAAUGCCUAAAACAUAUAUUCGCAAAAUAUUGCACGCCGCAGCCAAAGGACCUUCCCACCGGAUCUAUAACAGAGCUCCUUGUGCCGCCUGAAGACGCAUAUCUCACCAACGAAGGGUUGGACAAAUGGGCAAGCGAGACGAAUGGCGCACCAUUCUCAGAAGAUCAAAAAGAGGAACUCCAGAUGCUCGACGUAAAUGAUGAUGGACACCUAACGUAUGCGGGGUUCAUACAACUCUAUCAGUUACAGACAGAAAACGACGAGGCGGAGACAUGGAGAGAUUUGAUCGCGCAUGGGUUUAAUGGACGGUUGGAAAAAAUCGCCCGACCCUCGUAG